AUGCGGCGUCGCCAACCAACACCAAGCUCUUCCUCCGACGAUGAUAGCGAUGGGUCAGACAUUGAGAGCUGCUUCGACGCAAAGGAUGAGCAAGAGGAGACUGACGCUAACACUGAGCCGACGGAUAUUGAUACCGAUACUGAUCUGGUGGAUAUUAACAUCGAUAUCAAUAGAUGCGAUGAAGCAGAUCUGGCAUGGAUUAUUGGAGACGACAACGCCCACCCACUAGAAUAUUAUCUUGAUCAAGAGAAUGAUUCCGACGAAUCCGAAGAUAAAGGCUACGAACCUCAGUGCGACCUCAUGCGGGCGGCCUGUCGGAUAACUCGAUGGAUCGAUCCUGAUCGGCCACAAGAACUCACGCUCAAGCAAUCCCUAUCAGUCAAUCAGGAUCCCUAUAUCCGCCGCGUCAUUAGACAACGAGAGAAGUGGAAGCGCUGCUUUCAGGGUACAGGCACAGCGACACAACAGCCCGGAUACCGAAUCCUUGGCCGCGAAAUCUCUAACACAAGGCAGCAGCUCAGAUCUGCACUCCUGAAGCGGAUCCAACGUCAAUGGGACCUGGAGAACCCGGUUAAUGAGGUCGAGCUACAGCUCUCCAGGCUCAAGUUCGACCAGGAGGUUAAGACUAACCUGGACUUGGCCGACGACAUGCCCCCGGUCCAGAGGCGCUUGGUUGAGACGAUAAUAACCCUCCCGGGAACGACCUUGGAGGAAGAGCUUCACCGACGCAACGCUGCCAUUGACGCGGUCGCUGCCUACUGUAAAUUCCAGGAAGGGGGAGCUGCUGCUCAACCACGUAGGAGGGCGAUUCCAUCGCCCUCCAAAGAGACCAACCCGCAGCUGGCAGCCGCGGAAGCAGAGAAGCAAGCCCUUGGUGCCGCUAUGUUGCUGGUUUUUACGGAAAAGAGGCCAACUAUCUGCUUCCUUUGCUUAGGGGAGCAAACCUUGCCGUUCGAAAAGCGCACCAAGUCAUUUGCGAGCCCAGGAGAUUUAACAAAACAUUUCAAACGGAAGCAUCUGGCUCAUAUCACAAAAGGAGAUCGGCUCGGGUGCAAGGUCUGUCGAAUGACUUUGCAGCAUAAACAGCAUCUCCAGAAUCACGCAGAGAGCGUCCACGGGACGGUUUCUUGA